UCAUUUCACUGAUAAGGAAGCUGAACCCCAGAGAGGGAAGUGGUUCUCUCCAGGGCAGGCUGGUGACCGAGCUGGGACGACAAGUGACAUCUCACGGCUCACUCAGCUGCACCGGACCCCCAACAGGAAAGAACAUGAGUCAGCAGCUAAACAGAAGCCGGAGCUGCUCCUUCAGCGAUGUGGAUGAGCUGAUGGGGACGGUGCAGCUGGCCGUCCACAUCCCCACCUUCCUCCUGGGCCUCCUCCUCAACGUGCUGGCCAUCCGAGGCUUUAGCACCUUCCUGAAGAAGAGGUGGCCAAAUUAUGCUGCCACUUCCAUCUACAUGAUCAACCUGGCAGUCUUUGACCUGCUGCUGGUGCUGUCCCUUCCGUUCAAGAUGGCGAUGUCCAACGUUUGGGCUCCCCAUCCUUCCGUCUGUACCUUCGUGGAGUGUGUCUACUUCGUUAGCAUGUACGGGAGUGUCUUCACUAUCUGCUUCAUUAGUCUGGAUAGAUUCUUGGUCAUCCGGUACCCGUUCCUGGUCAGCCACCUCCGGUCCCCCAGGAAGAUCUUUGGCAUCUGUUGCACCAUCUGGGUCCUCGUGUGGGCGGGGAGUACUCCCAUCUACAGCUUCCACGGGAAGGUGGAAAAGUACACGUGCUUCCACAACAUGUCCGAUGGCACCUGGAGUCCCCAGGUCUUCUUCCCCCUUGAGGUGUUCGGCUUCGUUCUUCCCCUGGGUGUCAUGGGUUUCUGUUCCUCCAGGAGCAUUCACAUCCUGGUCCGCCGUCAGGGCCUCACCGAGGACUGUGUCCAGCAGAAGGCCUGCAUCUGGACAAUUGCAGCCAGCCUGGCUGUCUUCGUGGUCUCCUUUCUUCCGGUCCAUUUGGGCUUCUUCUUGCAGUUCCUGGUACGGAAUGGCUUUAUUGUGGAGUGCAGAGCUAAGCAGAACAUCAGCUUGUUCUUGCAAUUGUCCAUGUGUUUCUCCAACAUCAACUGCUGCCUAGAUGUCUUCUGCUACUAUUUUGUCAUCAAAGAAUUCCGCACGGACAUCAUGGCCCACCAGCCUUCCAGGGUCCAGCUCGUCCGCCAGGAUACCAUGACCAGCAGGAUCUAAGGAAGGAAAGACCUACGCAGAAGAAGGAACCCCCGGCCCCAAAUCCCAGUAGCAGAUAUCGCGUUCCGACGUUUCUGAUGUGGUGGACGGAUGUGGCACAUUUGCUGGUGUGCUUUCCCUUGUGAUGCUCAUUGAACACUGUCUUUGCUCAUUAUGCUCCAAAGAGCUUUCCCCAGCAUGCAGACAACUGGACAUGAAUCACCCGGUAUUUGGGAAUCUCUGAAGGACCCGAGAAACGGGUGAAUUCUUUAUUUCUAAGCUCAAAAACAUGAGGCAGAAGAAUUGAGAAAGAGAAGGAGACCAUCGGAGCCAGGCUGUUUCCCAGCUCUUCCCCAUCCUUCUGUUAGACUAGAAGGUUCUGGAAAGGAAGAGAGACGAGUUAGGAGAGAGACCCGAGAGGGUUGGUCAUGGUGGAAAAUGCUCUGGGAACAGACGGAGCAGGAGGGAUGUAGCAAGCUCCUUUCUAGUUUGGGGAUCCCAGGGUAGAGCAGACUUGUACUUCCCCAUCCUUUCUGGGGCUUUGUUGGCCAAUAACCUCACAGAGAUGAUAGCAAGUGGGGGUGAGAGGGGCAGAGAAAGAACCUACAGAGAGCCCCAAGUUUCCUAUGGGAAAGAAGGGCCUGGGAAGCCAGCCAAAGCUUCCCGUGUCCUCCCCAAGGCUGCAGAAGGAUGAGGGGAGCCGGUGUGAACCAGGCCAUGGUGAAGCUAUGGAUGCUUUGUGGAAGAAUUGGGGACAGAGUAGAAGGGCACUGGUGACACCUGAGAGCCACAAGGGAAUUGGAUACACCUGGGGAAGGACGGUGACAGGCCAAGGACCCCCCGUUGCCAUCAUGAUGUCCUUUACAUGGAGUAUUAGCACUGGUGCAGCAGGAAGAGAGGCAGUGGGGACAAGCCUAGAAGAGGGGGAAAUUCCUGAACGUGACUAGCUGGCUCUCUUGACCAGACAAGACCAGUUAAUUAGACCAUUAAUGUUAAUUAGACCAUUUCAUGGGAAGGAUGAGAAAGAAUCAGGCUUGAUUUGGUUCAGCCAGAGGAGAAUAAGGAACAUGUGUUUGUCUUGCCCACCUGAAUCCUGCCAGGACGGCUGGCUCGGAGCCACUGUCCACAGAACUGUCCCUCUCCAGUGGCCGGGAGGAGGCAAAUGAGCGAGCCGGGAAUGGGAGGAAUCAUCUCGAUGGCAUGGAGCCCCCUGGCAGUUCCUACUCGAAGACCAAACAACUGCCUCCCGGUUUGGACCGGGCUUCUCCCUCCAGUGGCCCUGAGGAGGAGGAACGGUGGCGGCUGUGAGCCUUGCGAGGACAUAGCCGCCGCUCCAGAGAGCAAAAUGACUAGAAGGAUGGGUUGUGGGGUGGUUUUGCGAGACGGAGUGAGUGGGACGAGAUGUAAGGGAUGAGACCUAAUGUGAGAAAGGGGGAGGUCUUUAGGAAGAAAAGAACCACUUUCCACUUGGAGGGAAAGGGGCUUCCACUGCCAAAGGGCGGAUGGAAGGUAGAUGGCUUGUGGCCGAAGAAGAGGGAGAUUUCGAUAACCCUGCCAGGAGGCGGGGGCGGAGGCUGGGUGAUUACCGAGGUGAGGCCCGAAGCCACAGGGCUCUGUGAAGGGGUGGGGUAGCGGUGGGGGGUGGUGGAGAGGAAGCGUGGAGGGCAGAGCUGCUUCCUGCUUGAGAAUCGCCAGCUCGGCUGAGAGCAUCCAAGGGCAGGAGCCCCUCUGCCUCCUGCUUCCACCCCAGCCAACUCAGUAGUCAGGUGGAGGGAAGGGUGAGAACACGGCGUCAAUGAAAAGGGUGGAAAUAGCUGUGGAGGAAUGAUCGCGACCAGGACCAGAGGCUCCCGCCCCUCCCACACUGGGCAUCCAGGAACCGGUAGCCUGGGGCAGGGGCUCUGCUGUCCAAGCUGCCCUGAGGUGCCUACACCCUGCACCGUUUCGCGGCCAUCCUGGACAGAGGCUCUAAGAAAGCCAGGCUGUUACAUCCAGCAGGACAUUGGUGCCGGGGGUUGGUGGCGGGGCGGGGGGGGGGGGGGGGGGGGGGGGAGCGGUCAGAGCCCAUGGGUACGUGCAGUCAUCGCCUCUCCCUCAGUUUCUCUCUUUGCACUGGGAGCUGGGAGUCCAACAUGUGGCACUUAUAUCGACCACUUACAUAGGGCCAGACAGGUUUCCUGAGAGAAGAUUGAUGGCAGGGCCCUGACAACCCAUCACCCCCUGUGGAUGUUCAUAAACAUAAAAUGUCCUGGGGGCAGCAUGACCCUGCCCGAGCCGGGUGAUGGAGAAGGCGAGAGGGGAAGCUAGACCUGUGAGCUCAGGUUGAUAUGGCAACCGUGGACUUGUGGGUGAGCCUUAGAGACCCCCCCGCCCGCCCGCCACUGAUCCCAACAGGCUGGAGGAGCCCACGAGCCUCUCCUGUCUCUCCACGGGGACCCAUCCUGGUCUACGAGUCACAGAGGACUCAGCAGGGCCUGUAGGGGUGGGCUCAGGUCCAGCGCUUCAGACCAGGCCGCUCUGCAGGAGGGUCCACACUGGAGGCCAGUCAGACCCAGCAGGCACAGGAGGGACAGAGGUCAGGGUCAGGGUCAGGGUUCAGGUGCUGAAGCACUCGAGGGCCCACGCCCGCAGCGAGCGGUAUCGAGUUGGGGAGCGCUGAGCUUAGUUGUGGAAAUCACUGAAAUUCCUGCCAUCAAAGGAGGCUGGGGGACGUUAUUUGGCCAUAAAUGUGACCUAUUUUUCCUCCCGGUCUGGAAAAACCUGAGACAUACUUGUCAUAUGUGCAUGUAUGAAGCUAGCCCAAUUAAGUGGAAAAUGACUUGUUUAAUCGGAUUUGCCAAAUAAAUCGAUUCCUGGGAUGCUGUGUGAUCUGGUCUUGGGUGGCGCUUACCGGCUCCAGUGUAGGGCCGGUCCCUGGUGGUCCCUUGCCUGGUGACCCAACAAUCUUGGCCGGAGGGACCAAGAGGGGCCCAGGCGGAAGCAGCCACAUGGACGCCGAGCGUGAGCAGACACAGGAGCGGAGCCGGGGCCUGCCCGAGUGGCCAGGAGCCGGACCCUGCAGAGCCUGGCUCAGUGCAGGUCCCCGCAUCUGCUCGGGGACUUGGUUCUCCGCGAUAGCAGCUGCACCCUCUCCCUCCAUCUUGUCCGACCACCACCAUGAUACUGGAGCUGCUUCCCAAGGCCCUGGCUCCUUUUACAGACAUCGCGAGGCCCAGCAGAGGAGACCUGCUGACCACCAAGGGGCCGAAGACCCAGGGCCAGUACUCCAGAGGUCCUUUGCUGUGACCCGUCCCUUCACGAACUGCCUGCGGAGUGAGUCUACUCUCCCGGGUUAAAUCUGAGUUUUCCUUUAUGGCUCCUCACAUGUGGACCCUGCUCACCUAUCCAGAGCUCCUGGAGAAUGUGAACUCCUGGGUGCUGGCCCCGGGGCCACCUCUUUCUCCUAAAUUCCCCACAGUCUCAACUACAGCCCAGUUCUGGCCUGGGUACCGAGGGCUAGCUGGGGACAUCCUUGCUCCUUGACGAUUGCUAUAUGUGCCCCCCACCCCCCCCUGCAAAUCCAUAUGUUGAAGCCCUAACCCCCAGUAUGAUGGUAUUUGGAUGGGGCCUUUGGGAGAUACUCAGUUGUAUUUAUUUAUUUAAAUGUUUGUUUUUGAGAGAGCGAGAGCAUGUGCGCGAGUGAGUGGGGGAGGGGCGGAGAGAAAGAGGGGGACAGAGGAUCCGAAGCAGGGUCUGUGCUGACAGCAGUGAGCCCGAUGUGGGGCUUGAACUCACGAACUGUGAGAUCAUGAACUGAGCCCAAGUCGGACGCUCAACUGACUGAGCCACCUGGGUGCCCUGGGAGAUACUUAGUUUUAGAUGGCUUCCUGAGGUUGGCGCCCUCAUAAUGGGAUUAGUGCCCUGACGUGAAGAGCCACCAGAGUGCUUUCUCCCUCUCCACCUGCAUGCCCCGAGGAAAGGCCAUGUGAGGACUCAGGGAGAAAGAAGGCAGCCAUUUGCAACCUAAGCAGAGAGCCCUCAGCAGACAUCAACCCCGCUGGCACCUCGACCCUGGACUUCCCGGCUCCAGAACAGUGAGAAAUAAAUUCCUGUUGUCAGAGUCGAUGGUGUGAUGUUAAGGCAGCCCAGGAAGACCGAUACAACAGCCAUUUCCUACUGACCCAGCGGCCACCUCACAUCCGGGCCACGUCCCCUCGGGGGACAAGGGCUGACCUUCCUUGGGGAUAUCGGCCCCCGUGGAGCAUUUGGCAGGCACAGUGCUGGUCCAUGGGCUGCACAGUCCUCCUGACUCUCUCUCCGGGGACCCUGUGAAGCUGAAAGUCAUGAUAUUUAUGCUACCUAGCUGCUACGGGAUCCUGAUGACCUUUGCACUAGAAAGAUCCCCGCCUUAUGGCAAGUUGCCACAAGUAGACGCUAAUUGCAAAGAUGCUUGAAAGGGCUGAGGCCUGGCAGGUGACUGUGGAGACCAGCAGAGGUAAAAGGGAUUUUGUUAAGAGAUCACGAGGAGAGCCCGGUAUCGCGGAGCUGUCUCGGGGUGGAGACACCGGCAUCCGCUCUCAGGAACCACGUGGAAAUGGUGGUGGAGAUUCCCACACCGAACCGCCCUCCGCUGAUCCCGGUGCCGUGGACAGUGACCUCCCAGGGCCAAGGAAAGGAGGCAGCUGGGGUCACCGCGAGAACCCCGCUGCCGAGGGGGCAGGGGGCUCAGGAUCCGUAAGAACAGCGCUUUGUGGAAGCAGCACCCCCUGCAGCUACUGUCACGGCCCCCUCCUGCUUUUGUCCACCCACAGCCGGCUUCGCUAGGGAGCCCAGGACACAGAGCCGUGAACGGGCGUUGAAGGGAGGGUGGGUGGCUGGGCAGGAUGGACGCCCCGAGCUUGAAGCUGAAGGCCAAGCAGAUGCCCCUCUGCCCAAUUUGGGCCUGAGCCUCCUCUGCCCGCCCCCCUACCCCCCCAGCCAAGAGCCCGCAGAACGUGUCCUCCUCACAAAGCCACUACAGGAAGGACAGCAUGGCGCCUUGAUCGUGAGCUACAACCUACUUAUGGCCCUCUGCACCUUGAAGUCUGGGAGGGAAGAUUCGAAGCGCUGUCACAUCAAAGCCCAAGGUCAGUUCUGCUCGGUGGAGGGGCCCCGAGUUCACCUUCGUUCUGGGGGCCAUCGUGGAGCAGGUGUAACCAAGAUACUCCCUGUGAGGGGAGGCUGUUGGGACGGGGUUCCGGGGGACGCCCACAGUCACACAAGCAUCUCUGCAGAGUGUGUCCCCCUGAGAGAGCCCUCGUCUCUAAGGACAGCUCGGGGGGUACCUCCGUGCAGGUGAGGGCGCGCAGCUGUGUGUGUGUGUGCUUCUCGGUGAAGCCAGGACUCGCAGAGGACUGCCGGGGGGGUGGGGGGCGCACAGAACUGAGGAGAGAUCCGCAGGAAUCAGACUUGACGGGGCCAGAUGCAGGUGGCCCAAGGGUCCAAAGAAUCAGAGAUCCAAGGGUCCAAAGCUGAUUCUCAUGGAUGGUGCGUUUAAGACGGAAUGGCUCUGACUUGGGGCACAUACUGUGUCCAGUAAGCCAGCGGUCGCGGGUGAGGUCCAGGGCCAACCACAGCUCUGGCCGUGGAGGGGUGGGGGUUUCCCCGAAGGGCAGAGAGGCCUUACGGACUGGCACCAGAUGGGUGGGGAGAUGUCUCCCUCCCCAAGGUAUGCUGGGCUCUGGGCUCUGGGUGUGGCCACCUCCAGUGGCAGAUACAAGCCUCCCUGCUGUGCUUUUCUGCAGGUUUUCCUAAGUCUCAGGCGUGACCUUAAAGCGGCAGUUGGGGCUCAGCUCUCACUGACGGGAAUCCAGCGUGUGGCGCAGAGCGGAGCGGGGCACGAAGGCAAAGUCGGGAGGCACGUGGGGAACCUGGCAGCAUGUCCUGGGGCAGGAGGCCCCGAAAUACAUUGGGAGGAGAAGGAGGGGAGACCAGAGAGAGUCAGGGAGCUGGACAGGAUGAAAAGGAUGGCAGAGGGCAAGUGUGAUCUGGGAAAUCUCUAGUAAAUGAUGGAAAGUUGUGCAGUGCCCAGCACGGGCGGAUGUGGAAACAGGGAAGGGAGGCUUGGCAGCCGGCAGCUUGAGGCAGCAUCAGGGAAAGAGAUGCCGAAGGGCGUCACCCAUGGGAUGUGUGGCUGUCACGGGCCGGGCUCUGUUCCCCCUCAAGGCUGUGACACUGGGGUCUCAGUGAGGCUUAUCCAAGCCUUCCAGGCAGGAAGCCAGGGUGACCCUGGGGGACUGAAGGUUGUUUGGUAACUGUGGGACCAGAGCAGGCCACGGCCACUCCCGUGGGCUGAAUGCUGGACUCCCCAAGGCUACCUCCCUCCUGUGGCCAGAGUUGGCCAUGGUCCUGAGCUACAUUCAAGGUGGGCUCCCGAGGCCUUGGAGGCAAAUGGGGAAAGCUCGGGUGCUGGGUCAGAAGGUCAAGGCUGACUCCUGUCUCCACCCCUGACCAUGUGUGCUCACGGCCAAGGUACCCCAUGCGGUGUCCUUACUUCAGCUCUGCCCACGAUGCAGCAACACAUAGAAGAUGUCUGGCACGCGGCAAGCACUUGAUAAUUUAUUCAGAACUAGAAUUGCAAUCACGUAGAAUAAUUGAGUUAGGAUUGUGGUGAGUUCCUUUUUAAAACAAACAAAAAAAGGGGGCGCCCGGUGGCUCAGUCGGUUAAGCGUCCGACUUCGGCUCAGGUCGUGAUCUCGCAGUCUGUGAGUUCGAGCCCCAUGUCGGGCUCUGUGCUGACAGCUGGGAGCCCGGAGCCUGUUUCGGAUUCUGUGUCUCCCUCUCUCUCUGCCCCUAACCCACUCGCAUUCUGUCUCUGUCUCUCAAUAGUAGAUAAACAUUAAAAAAUUUAAGAAAAUAAUAAAACAAAAUAAAACAAACAAACAAAAAAAGAAGACGAAG